AUGGGAAGUCUGCCCAGCAGAAGAAGAAGCCUGUCUAGUCCAAGUUCAAGCCCCCUUGCCCAAGGUCAAGGACAUGUGCCUGUGCAAGCAGAGAGGAGCAAGGCCACAGCUGUGGCCCUGGGCAGUUUCCCGGUGGGGGAGCAAGUCGAGUUGUCACUGCGGCUGGGAGACCCAUUGACCGUCAUCUCUGAGGAUGGAGACUGGUGGACAGUGCUGUCAGAAGUCUCAGGCAGAGAGUACAGCAUCCCCAGCACCCACGUGGCCAAAGUCUCCCAUGGGUGGCUGUACGAGGGCCUGAGCCGGGAGAAGGCGGAGGAGCUGCUGCUGCUUCCAGGGAACGCCGGAGGGGCCUUCCUCAUCCGGGAGAGCCAGAGCCGGAGAGGCUGUUACUCUCUGUCAGUCCGACUCAGCCGCCCCACUUCUUGGGAUCGGAUCAGACACUACCGGAUCCAGCGCCUUGACAACGGCUGGCUGUACAUCUCUCCACGCCUCACCUUCCCCUCACUCCAGGCCCUUGUGGACCAUUACUGUGAGCUGGCGGAUGACAUCUGCUGCCUCCUUAAGGAGCCCUGUGCCCUGCGGAGGACUGGCCCACUUCUUGGCAAGGCCAUCCCCCCACCUGUGACCGUACAAAGGCCACCGCUCAAUUGGAAAGAGUUGGACAGCUCCCUCCUGUUUUCUGAGGCAUCUGCCACAGGGGAGGCAUCCAUCCUCAGCGAGGGGCUCCGGGAGGCACUUAGUUCCUAUAUCAGCCUAACGGAGGACAUCUCCUUGGAUGGUGCUAAAGUCGAAAACAGCAGUCGAAAGGGAAAUCUAGGCUACAGCACCUAA